ACUCACAACCGUCAAUCUUACCCUCCACAAACAACGAUUCCCUCCCUUUUUCCGGAAUCCAAAUCCCAUUCAAAUUCAGUUCAAUAUUUCCCCAGCAAGAACAAGAGCUAGCAGUAGCACACAUUAAUAGCGUGCCUACAACGCUUGGUCUCUGUGCCUUUAAAUGUGAACCCUCUCUGUUUCUUUGUGCUUAAAUUGCUAAAGCUUCUACACAGAAAACCCAAGCUAGCCAAGAAAGAGAGCAAGAGAUAAGGGUUUGAAACAUGUCAGGAACACCAGGAGGAGCUCCUGAGGAAGAUAAGAAGCCCAGUGACCAAUCUGCACAUAUUAACCUCAAAGUGAAGGGUCAGGAUGGUAAUGAGGUGUUCUUCAGGAUCAAACAUAGCACCCAGCUGAAGAAACUUAUGAAUGCAUACUGUGAUCGGCAGUCAGUGGACAUGAACUCCAUCGCGUUCUUGUUUGAUGGACGCAGACUCCGGCCGGAGCAGACUCCAGAUGAGCUUGAGAUGGAAGAUGGCGAUGAGAUUGAUGCAAUGCUGCACCAGACCGGAGGAGGGCGGGCAUAAACACUUUUGCUGCUGCGGACCGGAUUCCUCAGAGGACCAUGUUUCUUACUUUGUUUCUUCUAUCAAAAGAAGCUGUAAUUUUAGCAAGAGGAUAUGUUUCUUAUAAGUUGUUAUGUAAUGGAAUCCAAAUGAUUGGUUACGGCUGCUCGUCUAGUAUGGUGAUGCUAGAGUGGUUGCAACUAUUCUGCUGUUCUACUUUCACCAUGGUCUUUAAAACUACUUAUUUCACGCAGUUCGUGUUAAUACAUUCUUCAACAU